AUGAUUUAUGUACCCAGGUUGGAUACCAGCGUUUUGAAAAACGUCGAGUUCGAGUUUUGGUUAGUAUUCGAAGCCGAUGAGUAUGAUAUCAAUGUCUACUUGCAGAACAUGUCUUUGGCUCAUCCGGUGGUUGUGAAAGAUGUUGCUUUGAUGCACGACUACAUUCUUGAAGACGGCGACGAAUUCCGUAUCAGGGAUCGUGUGUUUCGAUUCGAAUACCCUCCUCGUUCAUCUCAUAAGAGAACGUCAAUCAACGGUUCAUCGUCGCCGGAAACGAACGGUGCUACCUCACCAGAGCCAUCAGCGCCUUUCAGCAUCGGUCUCAGGGAAGAAGAACACGAACCUGGAGUGAAAAUAUUUCACUUUUUGAAGAAGCCCCCUAUUCCCGAAAAGACUUUUGAAGAGCUGCAUACUGCGAAGACCACGAACGACUGCUGUUCGGACAGGAGCUCAAGCUUCACCAGUUCGCCUGAUUCAAGCUCGAUUUCGCAGCAGAUCGCUAUGUACGUAAGGUCGGUGAACCUGCCGACGACCGCAAAGUUCCAGUUUCAGGGUGGUUCUUCGCCAAAGACGGAGGAGUUGGAGGCAGUCAAUUACAAAAAGAAGUUUAUCAUAAGGUCUCCAACAAAAUCACUAAAAACCGUUGAAGGCCUCCAGCACCGUCCAGUUUCGAAGAUUCUUUCGUUGCUACCCGCCUCGAAACCGGCUCCGCCUUGCCGCAACAUUCAUCGUUUUGAACUCACUGCUUUAAACAGGUUAUCCAACUUCCGGUGUUCCAAUUUGGACGCAGGAACUGCCUCCACACUCAAAACUACCCUGAACUAUUGCCGAUGCAGUCUUGAGGAAUAUAACCACCUGAUGGAGUAUGAAUGCGUCGUGGAGCUGUCGCACGUCGAUGAUCUACUUCAGCAAAUGAGUCGUCAUAGUCGCCUCUCUGCUAGGCAACAAAACUCAAAGCAGAAACGGACAAAGCCAAGACGCCGUGGGAAGCACUGA